AUGGUUUUUCUCAUUUUCCUACUGGUUAGCCUCAUUGUAUGCUCUGGACAAACUAUAAGUUCUACACAAAAAAUACAAUCGAAUUUUCGACAUGAAGAAUCGUGCAGCGAAGCGAGAGGAUAUUGUGUAUUGGAAAACGAAUGUCAACACCCUGUAGAAGGGAAGUACAAAAGUUUGUGUCCGAUGCAGCAGACUGAUGGUGCUAUAUGUUGCAAAGAUUUUCCUAUGGAAGAUGCCAAUUGUCACCAACUCCAUAACGAAUGCAAGGAUUCAAACUGUACAAUCAAUUUAGGAAGAAGAGGUUGUGCAGCCAAUCAAUUAUGUUGUGUUCUUAUGUUCUGA